AUGCAUGGAAAAGAAGUUUAUGUUAGUUCAAAUAGUUGUUUUAUGGCCAAACAAAGAUACAUGCAGCAGCAGUCCAUUGAAGAUGCUAAAAUGUUUGAUAGCCAAGACGCCAAUGACGGAGACAAUCAUGUUACUAUUUUCGAAAAAUUUGUGGAACAUGGAAUGGUGAAAUAUAUUCAAAACAUUCAGUUCGUUAAUAUCAUCAGCAACCAUUUGGAACACGGUAAUGAUAAACACCGUUUCAAUCUGCAUAGAAAUGGCAUAGAUUGGUAUUGCGAAGCAGAACGAAGGGUUCACAAUGGUCGAGUCGAUUUUACGUUUCGUUUUCCUACUUUCGAAUAUUCAGAAUUUUCUUACGAUGAGUUCGAAGUAGAGUACAAUCACCGUUUUAAGCCACCGAGAGGAACUUAUCAUAGAGUGGAUGGAUGGCGCGAAUUCGAUGCACCUAAGUUUUGCCAAUACAUUUACAAUUUAAUGUCACUCACUAGAAUGCAGAGUGGCCCUUGUCGAACACGAAUCUUUGUCAACAAGUUAUACAAACGAAUCGACAUCGAUAUCAUAUUUGACAGUGCGAGUCGACAAAUUACAAUAAUAUUUGAAUAUGGCUAUCCUGCACGACCAGAUCAAAUAACACAAUAUUGGUAUUGA